AUGCAGCGCGCUCUCUCUUCCCGCACCUCCGUUCUGUCGGCCGCUGCGAAGCGUGCCCCUUUCUACCGCUCGACCAGCCUGAACCUCCAGCAGCAGCGUUUCGCUCACAAGGUGUCUGAACCGGCGCGUCCGAUGGCCUUCGGUUCCGCAUCCCGUGCCUCCCGAGCAUUUUGGCUAACCUGUAAACAGGAGCUCAAGUUCGGUGUUGAGGCUCGCGCCAGCCUCCUCAAGGGUGUUGAUACUCUUGCCAGGGCUGUGACCUCUACUCUGGGUCCCAAGGGUCGCAAUGUGCUCAUUGAGUCUCCCUACGGCUCGCCCAAGAUCACCAAGGACGGUGUGACUGUCGCGAAGGCUAUCCAGCUCCAGGACAAGUUUGAGAACCUCGGUGCUCGUCUGCUCCAGGAUGUCGCUUCCAAGACCAACGAACUGGCUGGUGACGGUACCACUACCGCUACUGUCCUUGCCCGCGCCAUCUUCUCCGAGACUGUCAAGAACGUCGCCGCUGGCUGCAACCCCAUGGAUCUGCGCCGUGGUAUCCAGUCUGCUGUUGAGGCUGUUGUGGAGUACCUGGAGCAGAACAAGCGCCCCAUCACCACCGGCGAGGAGAUCGCCCAGGUCGCUACCAUCUCCGGCAACGGCGACACCCACGUCGGCAAGCUGAUUUCUACCGCCAUGGAGCGCGUCGGCAAGGAGGGUGUCAUCACCGUCAAGGAGGGCAAGACCCUGGAGGACGAGCUCGAGGUCACUGAGGGUAUGCGUUUCGACCGUGGCUACACCUCUCCUUACUUUAUCACCGACGCCAAGUCCCAGAAGGUCGAGUUUGAGAAGCCUUUGAUUCUGCUCUCUGAGAAGAAGAUCUCCGCUGUCCAGGACAUCAUCCCCGCCCUGGAGGCAUCCACCACCCUCCGUCGUCCUCUUGUCAUCAUUGCUGAGGAUAUCGAUGGCGAGGCUCUCGCUGUCUGCAUCUUGAACAAGCUCCGUGGUCAGCUCCAGGUCGCCGCCGUCAAGGCCCCUGGCUUCGGUGACAACCGCAAGAGCAUCUUGGGUGACUUGGCUGUCCUGACCCAGGGUACCGUCUUCACUGACGAGCUUGACAUUAAGCUUGAGAAGCUCACCCCUGACAUGCUUGGAUCCACUGGCUCCAUCACCAUCACCAAGGAGGAUACCAUCAUCCUCAACGGCGAGGGAAGCAAGGACGCCAUUGCCCAGCGUUGCGAGCAGAUCCGCGGUGUCAUGGCCGACCCCACUACCUCCGAGUAUGAGAAGGAGAAGCUCCAAGAGCGUCUUGCCAAGCUCUCUGGCGGUGUCGCCGUCAUCAAGGUUGGCGGUGCCUCCGAGGUUGAGGUCGGUGAGAAGAAGGACCGCGUUGUUGAUGCCCUUAAUGCUACCCGCGCCGCUGUUGAGCAGGGUAUCCUUCCCGGUGGUGGUACCGCCCUCCUGAAGGCCGCCGCUAAUGGUCUCGAGAACGUCAAGCCCGCCAACUUCGACCAGCAGCUCGGUGUCAGCAUCAUCAAGAGCGCCAUCACCCGUCCUGCUCGCACCAUCGUUGAGAACGCCGGUCUUGAGGGCAGCGUUAUUGUCGGCAAGCUGACUGACGAGUACGCCAAGGACUUCAACCGUGGUUUCGACAGCAGCAAGGGCGAGUACGUUGAUAUGAUUGCCAGCGGUAUCGUCGACCCCCUCAAGGUUGUCCGCACUGCCCUGGUUGACGCUAGCGGUGUCUCUUCUCUGCUCGGUACCACCGAGGUCGCUAUCGUUGAGGCUCCUGAGGAGAAGGGCCCUGCUCCCGCUGGUGGCAUGGGCGGCAUGGGUGGUAUGGGCGGUAUGGGCGGUGGCAUGUUCUAG